AUUUUGACAAAGCAAAAUCUUCAGUCAGUAUACACAAACACCUAAUUCCGUUUCAAGCGAGCAUUAUUUAUAUUUUCAAAUACUAUACUUGAUGUGAAGAAUUCCCUCUGGGAACCAGAAACACUCUAGUUUCGCGAAAGGAUUCAGAGGAUUUUUAGACAUGGCACGCCUGGUGUUUACGGAGAAAGAUCACAAUGCAUACGAUCCCAAAAAGUAUAAGGUGGUGCACAAGAACCACUGGCGACAGGUGAGCCUUCUGCUGCAGCCUUCGAACAAGAAGUGGUGGGAGGAUCCCGAUGUCAUUGUUGCUUUCAAUUUGCCGCGCAUUAGCGCCCGCCUGGAGCGUCUGAUGGGCACCAAUGUGGUCAAGCUGACGGACCGAAGCUACAUGAAGGAGCUGCGGCAACGGAUCGACGAGGAUUACCGCAAACAGCUGCUGUCCCGCAUUCGCGCCCGUGAGUUAAAAGAAGUGGAGCGCGAACGAAUGCUGAUUAUCGAGGGCAAGUCGGACGUAAUACCUGACGAGCUGGCCGAUGAUCCCAUUUUCAUGGUCAACAAAGAUGCCAACAUGGAGAUCCAAAAGGAGCGCUCCAAGCUAAAGACCGCUCGGGAAAAGAAUGCGGAGCGUUUGAAGCUGCAGGGCGUGAAAUGGGAGCGGGAACGGCUACAACACGCCGCCAAGGAAGCCGAGCUCUUGGCCAAGAAACGCGAGCGGCAGCGCCAGCAGAAAUUGUUGGUGGAGCAGUACAGGACGGAGGAUGCGGAGAGGGGAAUGGAUCUGCUGCGCAUCGAAAACGAAGACUGGCGGGAGUGCGAAAAGAGCCUGAAGGAGUUCCUCGAACAGGAGCGUGCCAAAAUGAAGGAGCGUUCGCUGCGUAUAUCCCAGCCCUACUCGUCGGAUCCCCAGGACAUACAGAAUAUAGUGAAGGCCAGGCAAAAGUUCCGGGAGACCGAGCUGCGUAUUCGCAACCAGCUGGAGGAUAAGCUCAAGGAUGUGAAACUGGCGGUCACCACGCAGCAAUUAACCGAACUCAUCGAGGAUGCCCAUCGAUCCAGUGGCGAGAUGAUUGUGCGGGAACCUUCGCUGGAGGACGAUGACUUCCAGGGCGGCGAGGUGCACACCAAGUAUCUGGACGAUGUCACCGACGUGUCCGAGGAGACGGUGAUCAGCGAGGAUGCCAUCAGCCUGACCCUGGCCAAGCAGCAGUACGCCGAGGAACUGGAGGCCGAGAUGGAGGACGAGUUCAAUCGAGGCUUGCUCAUCUCCAAGCAGCAGUACGACCAGCUGCGCUUCGAGGAUGAGAAGAUCGUGGCGCUCAGAAAUGCCAAGGAUAUUCGCGAGCUGUAUCAACUGGCCGAGGAGAUCAUCGUGGGCCAGAUUUUCGUGGAGGCACCGGAGGAGGGCGAGGAGGCGGUGGCGGAGGAGCAGGACCUCGAGAUCACCUCGGACCACGAGGCCCAGGAGCCAGCCAAGGCCUGAGAAGCAAUAGAGUGAAUCAAUUUUUACGUUCGAUGGGCAGUUUUCGCGAGUUCUACAAUAUUUGGGAAAAUAUUUGGUUUCCCAUCCACGGGAUCGGGAUUCCAGAUAUUUCAUCAAAUUGUGCAUACAUCAGUUAGGCUGGGGUACCCACACACUUUGUUAAACGUCGAAAGAGCAAGAGGAUUCGAGAAACGUCACUCAAUCACAGCGUUUAGGUUGAUAACUUGAUAACUGUCAAUAGGGUUUAAUUAAAGCUGUAACGAGGUGAUAGUGCCCGCAUGACAACACCAAUAAAGCGGCCUAAAAAUCCGAAA